CAAACUACAUCUCCCAGAAUGCCCGCGCUGAGGUGCCGCACAUGCGCAGCGAGAGGCCAGGCGCGCGUGAGGUGUCGUCCCGGCGCGCGUGAGGUAUCGUCCCGGCGCGUUCCACCUGAUUCCAGCGCUGCGUUUCCCGCCCCGGUCCCCAACUCCCUUCCCGGCAGAAGGUCCACUGGGCGAUGACGCACAGGCGCACUGUGCCAGGAAUCUUGCGGUGGCGUCCGUACCUACUCCGUUUUAAGAACUCUCCUGGCAGGAACGGCUUUCACUAGAAAUUUGAGGACUUAACUCUGGAAUUUGAGUUUGAGCCCAAGGCUUUUCGUUGUGGGCCUAUUUAUUUUGACAAAGCCUGGGAUACCCUAUAUGAAACAGUCUUCCUAUCAUGAGAGCACUCACUUCCUCUAAAUGAGUUCAGCCCAUGUCUGCAUGACCCAUCCUGGGACUGAGAAGAUUACCAGGGUGGCCUGUUAUCCACGUGACUUUUGGUGGUAGUGUUUCUAGACUGGUGAAUGUCAGUUCUGGCUCCGGGAGGCUCCAUUCUAUCUCCUAGUCCUGAUUCCUCAGACCUUUUCCUGUUUGGAAGAGAAGCAGAAGAUGACCAAGUCUCAGGGUCCAGUGUCAUUCGAGGAUGUGGCUAUAGAUUUCACCCAGGAGGAGUGGCAGCAACUGGACCCUGCUCAGAGGACCCUGUACAGGGAUGUAAUGCUGGAGAACUACAGCCACCUGGUCUCAGUGGGGUAUCCAGUUUCCAAACCAGGUGUCAUAUCUAAGUUGGAACAAGGAGAAGAGCCAUGGAUCAUGAAGAGAGACAUAUCGAAUUGGAUCUAUCCAGGUGAAAAUCUGGCAGAUGGAAGACAAAGGAAGGAGACUAGACUUGACACACAUCAAUUGGAUACACUUGGAGAUGUUUACUUUCAUAAGGACAUACUGGAAAGUGUCACAAGGGAUCAUUCAUUGUACUCCGUUUUAAAGGUCUGGCAAGGCAACCAGCUGGAGAGAGAUCAGGAAAAUCAAGACAGACUUCUCAGGCAAGUCACAGUCAUCAACAACAAAACAGUUAUUGAAGAGUCAAACUAUACAUAUAAUGCAUUUGGAAAAAUAUUUCAUAACUGCACAGACCUAGAUACUUCAAGACAAAGACUGUAUAAGUGUGAUUCAUUUGAAAAGAGCUUGGAACCUACUGUAAACCUAUUCAGUUGUAAUAGGGGUUAUGCAAGAAAAAACACAGAUGAGAAUUUUGGAUGUGGGAGAACUACUAGUUCUUCCUAUUCUAAGCAUGAAAAAAUUCAUAAUAGAGUGAAACACUGUGCAGAUAGUAAAUAUGGAAAAAUCAUCAGCAAUAAACAAUCUCUUAUUCAAUAUGUGAAUGUUGAAACUGGGGAGAAGAUCUGUGUAUGUAUUGAAUGUGGAAAAUCUUUUCUCAAGAAGUCACAGCUCAUUAUACAUCAAAGAAUUCAUACUGGAGAGAAACCUUAUGGUUGUAGUGCUUGUGGGAAAGCCUUCAGUGAGAAAUCACAUCUCAUUGUACAUCAGAGGACACAUACCGGGGAGAAACCUUAUGAAUGUUCUGAAUGUGGAAAAGCCUUCUCUCAAAAAUCAUCCCUCAUUAUCCAUCAGAGAGUUCAUUCUGGUGAAAAACCAUAUGAAUGUAGUGACUGUGGGAAAGCCUUCUCCCAGAAAUCACCCCUCAUUAUACAUCAGAGAAUACAUACUGGUGAAAAGCCAUAUGAAUGUAAUCAAUGUAGGAGGGCCUUCUCCCAGAAGUCACAGCUGAUUAUACAUCAUAGAGCUCAUACUGGAGAGAAGCCUUAUGAGUGUACUGAAUGUGGGAAAGCCUUCUGUGAGAAGUCCCACCUCAUCAUACAUAAAAGGAUUCACACAGGGGAGAAACCCUACAAAUGUGCUCAGUGUGAGGAAGCCUUCAGCAGAAAGUCAGAACUUAUUAUACAUCAGAUAAUUCAUACUGGGGAGAAACCUUAUGAAUGUACUGCAUGUGGGAAGACCUUCUCCCGGAAGUCACAGCUCAUUAUACAUCAGAGAACGCAUACUGGAGAAAAGCCCUAUAAAUGCAAUGAAUGUGGAAAAGCCUUCUGUCAGCAGUCACAUCUCAUUGGACAUCAGAGGAUUCACACAGGAGAAAAACCUUACGUUUGUACUGAAUGUGGGAAAGCCUUCUCUCAAAAGUCUCACCUCCCAGGACAUCAGCGGAUUCAUACGGGAGAGAAACCUUAUAUAUGUGUUGAAUGUGGAAAAACCUUUUCCCAGAAGUCAGACCUUGUUGUACAUCAGAGAAUUCAUACUGGGGAGAAACCUUAUCAAUGUGCUUUAUGUGGAAAAGCCUUCAUCCAGAAAUCACAACUCACUGUACAUCAGAGAAUUCAUAUAGUGGUGAAAUCAUAAGAAUGGACUAAGCAUAGAAAAGCCUUCAGUAUCUGUUCAAGCCUUAAUAAGUACCACAGAACUCA